AUCGCCCAGAAGCCCGUCCUCCCCUCCGCGCCUAACGGUACUUCGCUUGCGUCGCCGGGCAGCUGACUCCAGGCGCGCCGGUCGGUAUGCCUUUCGAGCCCGGCGCGGCUGACGCAGGCGAGCUCAACCCGGAGUGCGCGCGGCUCGGACACAACACCAAGAUCCGCGCCGGAGGCCUGUGUUUCCUUAUCUGCUGCUUCCCCUGCAGCAUGAUCUACUUCGUGGCGCGCAAGACAGUCACCUGUUCACGUUGUGGCAUGAAGGUGCCUCCGCAGGGCAUCAUCGACUGAUCGUGACGAAGUGAAGACUGGCUACAGUUUAGUUGGGUAGUAGACGUGGACGGGUGGUGUCUUGAGAUCAUGAGAAGAAGGUCCG